AAGAAUUUCCUCAAUUCUCACUCACCAACCCGUCAAGAUGUCUCAAUACGUUUCCGCUGAUUUGAUCUGGGAGGUUACCAGAUCCCAGAACGCUUUCUUGGUCAAGCGCUCAACUGGUGGUGGAAGCACCUUCUCCAGAGAUCCCUUGAACUUGACCAACAAGCACUCCAGAAAGUAUGCUGGUUUCGUCAACGACAAGGCCGUUGGUGUUGUCCCAUCUGAGAAGGGUGUUACUUUGAUCACCAAGAAGACCUCUGCCAGCCAAAAGCCAGCAUCCAGCUUGAACAAGACCACCUACAGCAAGUCCGGCAGAAAGACCUUCGCUGGUGUCGCAAAGACCGUCGCCCAAGGUGGAUACAGAUCUGACCUCCGUGCUGAAGCCGUCGCCCGUUCCUCCGCUAUCCUCGAAUCCCAAACCCCUAAGAAAGAUGCCCCAGCACCAAAGCUUAGAGGAUCCAAGGCCGCCAAGGCUGCUGAGAAGGAAGAGUAA